UCCCCAUGAUCUGAUCAACCUCGUCCAACGAUAGACGCAGUCAGGUAUUAAACGACGUAGACAUAAACCUAAUCAAACCCAAAGAUGGCGACGGCAUUCUUGAUGGGCGGGUACAACUUCAAGCCCGACUCUGAUAUCCCAGACUUAACAGGAAAGGUCAUCCUCGUGACCGGUGGUAAUGCCGGCCUCGGACUGGAGACGAUCCGGCAGAUUGCAAAGCACAACCCCGCGCAUAUCUACCUCGCAGGGCGCUCGAAGGAAAAGGGAGAGGCUGCAAUCGAAGCACUGAAGAAAGAAGGCUCCAGCGUUGCGCCGAUUUCUCAUCUGCCGCUUGAGUUGUCCUCCUUCGAGAGCAUCAAAGCUGCCGCGAAACAGUUUAAUGAGACUUCUUCUCGGCUGGACCUGCUCGUCAAUAAUGCUGGAAUUAUGGCGACGCCCGAGGGGCUCACAAAGGAGGGUUACGAGAUCCAAUUUGGCACAAACCACAUGGGUCAUGCACUCUUCACUCAACUCCUGAUGCCCACCUUAAAGAAGACGGCGACCGAGAACCCAGACGUGAGGGUCGUAUUUCUCUCCUCGGGCGCGGAAGGCUGGGCGCCCAAAGACAGUUACCAAUUCGACAAGCUCAAGACCAAGAUGCCCGAAACUCCCAGCCGUUAUCGCUACGGGAUAUCGAAGGUGGCCAACAUUCACUAUGCUGCUGCCCUCGCCGAGCGGCACCCCGAGCUCAAAAUUGUCAGUGUGCACCCGGGUGUCGUCGACACAAAUCUGGCACAGUCCAUUAUCAACAAGUCCAACUUCAUCUUGGGCACGAUUGUGUACCUCGGCACUAAAAUUGUAGCCGUCAGUCCUCAAAAGGGCGCACUCAAUCAGCUCUGGGCGUCCUUCAACCCGGACGUCAAGAGCGGCACUUUCUACUUCCCAGUUGGCGUCACCGGUAAAGGUACGAGGUUGAGCAAUGACAAGGACAAGAGGGAGGAGUUGUGGAAAUGGACCGAAGACGAACUCCGGAGUCAUUUGUAGCGGGAUAUCCGCAACUGGCCGAGCAGGAAAGAGACAACUCACAAAGACCAGUGCCACCAGUGACCGAAGAAGGGACUUCGUGUUUUUCUUUUUCCUUCUAGCGUAAUGCGGAGACAGAAAUAAAGUGUUCCAAGGACCGGCAGUUUCAUGUAUGUUGAAUCUCCAUGGCCAGAAUCCGGUGGCUAAAGUGUGUAAGCUUGAAUG